AUGUCAGAGAUCAAGCCCAGGUCAGAGCCUCAGCCCUACUCUAGAGCCCAGCCCAGCUCAGAGACCAAGCCCAGAACUGAGACUCAGCCCUGUUCAGAGACCAAGUCCCCCUUUAGAACCCAGGUCAGUUCUGAGGCCCAGUUCAUCACUAGAACCCCAUCCAGUUCUGAGAUGCAGUCCAGCUUCAGAACCCAGCUCAGUUCUGGAGCCCAGGACAGCUCUAGAGCCCAGGACAGCUCUAGAGCCCAAGCCAGCUCUGAGGCUAAGCGGAGCUCUGAUGUGAAGUCAAGCUUUGGAACCCAGAUAAAUUUGAAGACCCACCCCAGCUCUGAAAUCCAACCUGGUUCUGGGAGCCAGGCCAGCUUUAUGACCAAGCCCUGCCAUAAAACUCGAUCCAACUCUGCAGCUCAAGACAGCUCCGUGACUCAGCCAUACCUGGAUACUCAAUCUAGCUCAGGAACACCAGUUAGUUCUGGAGCCCACGUGAGACUCAAGAGGCAGUCCAGCUGUAGAAGCCACUCCAGCUUAGUAGUCAAACACGGUUCUGAAGUGCAACCCUGUUCCCAAACCCAGGCCAGCUCAGGAACCCAGAUGCAUACUUCAGUCCAGCCCAGGUCCAGACCCUAUCUGCGUCCUAGGGCCCAGUCCAGCUCCAGUGAUGAAUCCAGCUCAGAGACUGAGCCCAGAUCUAGCCCCCAGCCUCGUGUGACAAGCAAACCCGUCUCCAGGAUUCAGACAAGCUCUGGACCCCCACCCAUUGCUGGGGCAAGACCUGCCUCCAGAGCUCAGCCUGAUGCUAAGCCCCAUGAGCACUGCAGAGCACAGAGCAACUCUAGAAUGCCAUCCAGCUCUGGGACAAGGACAGAUCUCCAAGCUUGGCCUCUUUCCAGAGUUCAGUCCACCUCCAGCACUCCACCCAGCUCCAGAACUCAGCUCGGUUCUAGAGCCCAGGUUGGCUCUGAAAUUCCACCUGACUCCAAAACACAGUCAACUGCUGAGACCCAGGUACAUUCCAGAAUACAGCUAAUGUCUGGAAUCUGGUCAAGUCCUGGGACCCAGAAGGAUGCAGACACAGACUUCAGCUCCACAGCUAUGUCAAACUCCGAGAGUAGGCCCAGUUCAAGGACCCAGCCCUGCCCAGUAGCUCAAAACACCUCUGAGGCUCAGCUCAGCUCAGAAAGCCUGACAAGUUCUAGAAACCAAAUCCAGGCAACAACCCAGGGCAGCUCUGGGACUGAGCCAGACUUUGGGAAGCAGGCAAGCUCUGGAACUCAGCUCAUCUCUAGAACCCCUCCCACCUCAGAGAUGCAGAUAAGUGCAGGAAUUAAGCCCCGCUCUGGAGUCAAGCUCAACUCCAAAACCCAACCCAGCUCCACAGUUCAGUUCAGGUCUGAGAUGCAACCCAGCUCUGAAACCUUGAGCAGUUCAAGAAUACAGUCCAGCUCUGGAUCCCAAACCAGCUCCAGAACCCAGACCAGUUCUGGAACCCAGCUGAGCCCUGAGAUUCAGCCCAGUUCUGGGACCCAGACCAGUGAAAGAACUCAGCCCAGCUCUGGAGUCCAAUUCAGCUCCAGAACACAGCCUGCUUCUGGAUCCCAACCUGGCUCUAGAACUCAGACCAGUUCUGGAACCCAGCCCAGUCCUGAGACCCAGCCCAGCUCUGGGGCCCAGACCAGUGAAAGAACUCAGUCCAGCUCUGGAGUCCAGUUCAGCUCCAGAACACAGUCUGCUUUUGGAUGCCAACCUGGCUCUAGAACCCAGACCAGUUCUGGAACCCAGCUCAGUCCUAAGACCCAGCCCAGCUCUGGGACCCAGACCAGUGAAAGAACUCAGCUCAGCUCUGGAGUUCAGUUCAGCUCCAGAACCCAGUGCAGCCCUGGAAUUCAGUUCAGCUCUGAGACCCAGCCCAGCUCUGAAACCCAGCCCAGCUCUGAAACCCAGACCACUUCAAACACUCAGCCCAGAUCUGGAGUCCACCUUACUUCCAGAACUGAAUCUGAUUCUGAAACUAGAAGCCAGACCAGUCCAAGAAUUCAGCUCAGCUCUAGAAAGGGGCCCUGCCCACAGACCCCAGGCCUUGACCCCAGAACCCAGCCCUAUCCCACCCCUUAUGCCCGACCUCAACACCUAGGCCCACCACCCAGAGCCCCGACUCCAGGUCCUAGCCGAAUCUCUUGCCCCCAGCCCCAGCCCCAUGAUCUGGGACGAGGAACCCCGCCCGACCCUGGGCCUGGCAGAAGCCCCUCAAUUUCUCCCCUGGCCCCACAGCCACAGUCCCCCUGCACCCUCCAGAAACCAGCCCUUUCCCCCAAGCCCCAGCUGGGACCCCAGAAGUCUACCCCACCCACCAAAUCUGUCAUCCAUAGUUUUGCCCCCAGGGUGGCCCUCCUUAGUUCUCAGACCCUUGAACCCUCAUUUGAGGGGACUGCCCCCUCCUCCAUGCUCAGGGAGUCUAAGUUACCUCCACGGGAGUCAAAGCUCCUACCCCACCAUGGAGGGCAGUAG